AUGGUGGAGACGAUCUGUGCCGACACGUACGUGGAUGUGAAAUGCGACAACCAGGCGGUGGUGAUGCUCCGCGGCCUGCUGCUGCGACAGCCCGAUUCGGCGGUGUCCAAGACCGGUUCUGCGGGAGGGCAGAUUUCCGCUUGUCCCGCCAUUGAAGCGGAUCCUGCCGGUAUGUCUAGCGACUGGUUGUCUGAUUGUACUCUCGGUAGGGCUCAAAAACGCCUGCCCCCCGCAGGAGGCGUGAGCACUGUCUGCGAAGCAACCGAGGAAGUAGGAGGUUAA